UUUUUGCAGAUAGAAAACAGGGACGUUUUGGAGGGAAAGGUGAAAAGAAUGGUAGAAUCUUUUCUGAAGUAUGGCAAUAAAAAAGAACAUGGUUACGAGUCAACCUUUGUAUGUGUGGACAUGUCUGGUUGGGAGGGGCUGGGUUGGAGCACAUGUACACUGAGGGAGAGAUAGGGAAGUGUGAGCAGGUUAUCUUUUCAGAUGGAUACUGCAGCACCUCACAGCUUCUCAUGUUCUUCUUUCUUGGUUGUGGUCUUUUUCUUCCCGUUUCAACUAUCAUGGCAAGACUUCUGAUAUUGUGCAGAGCAGCUGCACUGACUGACACCAUCUACUCACUUGAGGCUGGUCUCUGAAACAAGAAAGACACUUUCAUUAUGCUGAACCAUCUUUUUCUUCCCACGCGUCAGUGCCUCUUAGUCUUUCUGCUGCUGUCUGUGUUUGGUUGGAAGAGGGCAACCUGUUCCCCUGGGGAGGGCAGGAAGAUUUGGCAGCAGCCCAAGCCUGACCCCAUCACACAAGACCAGUCUUUUCUUUAUGACACCUUCCCUUCAGGAUUCCUUUGGGGUUCAGGGACGUCUGCUUUUCAGACUGAAGGAGCCUGGGACCAAGAUGGGAAGGGAGCUUCCAUCUGGGACAAUUUCACUCAUUCCACCGCCAGAGGUCAUUUGGCUACUGAGACUGCCAACAUAGCUAGUGACAGCUACAGUUGCUGGGAGGGAGAUGUAAAAGCCCUGGAGUACCUAGGUGUAAGAUCAUAUACCUUCUCUUUAUCCUGGCCCAGAUUCUUUCCUGAUGGCAAUGCCAGAGGUCAGCCCAAUAUGGCUGCUGUGAAGCACUACAGUAAUAUCAUAGACAGACUUCUGGAAAACAACAUAGAACCUGUUGUUACCCUCCAUCACUGGGACUUGCCACAGGCUCUGCAGGAACGUUAUGGAGGCUGGAAAAAUGAAACACUGAUUGAACUGUUUGAGGAUUAUGCUUUCUUUUGUUUCCACACAUUUGGGAAUCGUGUUAAGUAUUGGCUAACUAUGCAUAAUCCUUACAUGGUGGCUGUACAGGGUUAUGGGACAGGUGUACAUGCACCUGGAGAAGCAGGUGGUGCCUCUCACUCUCUCACUGUGGCUCACAAUCUGAUAAAGGCACACGCAAAAGCUUGGCACAUAUACGAUACCCGCUUCCGCCAAACUCAGAAGGGGAAAGUGUCCAUUGUUUUGGGAUCGCACUGGGUUGAGCCCCAAAGAGGCCAAACCACACAUGCCAAUGUUGAGCUUUGCCAGAAGUCAAUAGAGGCUGUUCUUGGCUGGUUUGCCAAUCCUAUAUUUGGGGAUGGUGACUACCCAGUCUCUUUAAGAAUUAAGCACGGGGUCCUCAUGCCCACAUUCACCCCUGAGGAGAAGGUCUGGGUGCAGAACACAGCGGACUAUUUUGCUUUGUCUUUUGGACCAAACAACCUCAGAUUGGGACGGAACCUGGUCCAGUAUGGGCAGACUGUGACCCCUGACCUGAGGCGUGUCUUAGCCUGGAUAAAAAUGGAGUAUGGGGAUCACAGGGUACUUGUGGCUGAGGGAGGAUGGUUCUCUGAAGCCAGUGUGGGAAGGGAGGACACCGUGGCCAUCUACCUGAUGAAGAGGUUUAUCAACCAGGUCCUACAAGCUAUCAAGUUUGAUGGUGUGCAGGUGUUUGGCUACUCUGCUUGGUCAUUGGUAGAUGGAUUUGAGUGGAAUUAUGGAUACACUAUUAGGCGAGGCCUUUUCUACAUUGAUUUCACUGACCCUAUCCGGACCAGGACCCCCAAAACCGCUGCUCAGUACUACAGGCAUGUUGUUGCUCAAAAUGGCUUUCCCAGUGAUGAAACCUCCAAAGAAGUCAAAGGUCGUUUCCCCUGUAAGUUUCACUGGGGCAUUGCUGACUCCACCUUACAGGUCCAUUUUUACCCCUUCUCACCACAGUUUACUGACCCCAAUGUGUACAUCUGGAACCUGACGGGAGAUGGAUCACUACGUCCAGUCCCAGGAGUGAAGCUCCAGACUCGACAAGCCCAGUGUACUGAUUAUUUAGCCAUCCGUGGUCAUCUUCGCCUGUUGGCAUCCACAGGGGCAUCUCACUAUCGAUUUGCACUAAACUGGUCUCUCAUUUUACCCCAGGGAGAUCUGUCCAAUGUAAACACAGAGGCUCUGAGGUACUACCGCUGCAUCCUGAUGGAGCUCAAGAAGCUGAACCUGGAGGCUGUCGUUAUUCUCUACUACCCCACACACAGUGCCCCAAAUCUGGGCUUGCCUGGCCCACUGCAUACCACUGGGGGUUGGCUCAAUUACAGCACGGUAGGGGCCUUUCAAGAUUAUGCAGCACUCUGCUACAAGGAGCUUGGCUCCUGGGUUCAAUACUGGAUCACGGUCAAUGAGCCGAACAGACUGGUAGAUAUUUAUUCCAAUGGGGAAGACAGACAUCAAGCAACACAUAACCUUCUUCUGGCUCAUGCAAAAGCCUGGAGGUUGUAUCAGAGGAAAUAUUCUCAUCAGUGGAGAGCUUUGGUUUCAGUUGCACUACAUGCUGACUGGGCUGAACCUGCCAACCCCUUCCUGGAGUCACAUACUGUGGCAGCGCAAAGAUUUCUUUUGUUUGAACUUGGUCGCUUCUUAGACCCAUUGCUGGGAACUAGUAAUGAGAUGGAGCAGAAUAAGGGGAACUACCCACCAGAAAUGAAAGUGUUUCUUGACGGGCAAGCUCCUGCAACAGGCAUUACUGGAUCUUCUCUUCCUAGCUUUUCCGAGAUGGAGAAAGAGGAGCUAAGAGGAGCCUUGAGUUUUAUCGCACUGAAUCACUUUACCACCCGUUUGGUGUCUCCAUAUCCCCCCACAAAGCUAAAUUCUCAGCAUAAACAAACCCCUGAUCAUGGCUGCUUGACCCUUUCUGACCCCACUUGGCCUUCCUCCAGUCUUGGUCAGGCUGUUGUUCCUUGGGGCCUGCGGAAAGUCCUGAGCUGGGUAAGCCAGAGAUAUGGAGAUGCCUUGCCCAUUAUUGUCACAGGCAGUGGAGUUGAUGACCAGGCUGCUGUGGAGGACAAACUCAGGCAACACUAUGUGAAGGCAUACCUGCAAGAGGCCCUUAAAGCUCAUCACCUAGAUGGAGUCAACCUACAGGGCUUCUAUGUGUGGAAGCUGCAAGAUCGGCACGUCCCCCAGUUUGGCCUCUUCACCUCAAGCCACCACCAAUCCAAAGCCAAAGCCUCUGUCGCUGUCUACAGAGAAAUCAUCUCUCAUGGUGGUUUCCCCAAGGAUAGCACUGUAAAAACCUGCCAAUUCACUGAGAACCAGGAAACCUGCUCUGUAUGUGCUUGGAUGUUCAGGAACAAAGUGAUGUUGGUCUUUGGAGUUUGCCUGCUAAUCACAGCUGCCAUAUUAACUGCUCUCAUCAUUUUCAUCAUAUUCUCCAAGAGAAACACUAUAAGAGGCAGGAGGAAGAGAACAAGGAGGAAGAAAAAAAGGGAAGGGAUACCAGUACAUUUAAGUGUCCCUAUUGUUAAAUACUAGACAUGUUCAUGCUGUAGUAGAGAAGACAAACUGUUUCACUCAUCUGUAAUUUUCUUAAUGCUUGAAUCCGUUUUUGUGCCAAAUGUGUGACUCUACUGUUGAGAAAAAUGUCGUCAUUGGUUUUAUUGUAAUAACACGUCUUUUAGAUUAAUGGCUGUGAAACCAGGAACUGCUGAGUGCCAGAAAGAAAUAAAGAAAGAUUCUGCCAUCCCCAAUGUUAUACCCACUGUACUAUUGCAAACAUUGAUUGAGGGUUCAGCUUUAUUGUUUACUGUAAUAGAGAAAAAUACUUUAUUUACAUGCCACCAUGUCUUUGUUCUUAAUCAUGUAGAACAAAGAAUUUAAAUGUCAUGAUUCCAAGAAAACAAUAAAUCUAGUCAGUCAUUU